CAGCUACAAUUAACAGUAUUCUACUCAUCUUUUUAUCUACACCUCCACCAACGACCUGCUGCUGCUCAUCGCUCGCUGCUCAUCAGAUCCACCAAAAGUCUUCCUGGGCCUCGAGCGAAAAAAAAAUCAGGUGAAAAUCUUAUGUAAUCAACAACGACCAGAUUACAUAACAUAUCUCUCAGCAAAUGAUCCUGCCUUGCUUCACCCAACCCAACUCACCUCCACUUCCGCCGUCACCACCUCACCACCUCACAGCACACAGCACACAGCACACAGACAAUGGACCUGCUAUCACCAGGCUCCACGCCCUCUCCCCCACCAUCAGGGCUGUUGUCGUCCUCGGCAGCAGCUUCCGUCUCCGCCGCCGUAUCGUCAUACUCCACCGGCGGGGCGGCAGCCUACCCUGCCUCCUCGAAGCGCGACCGGCGCCGCCACAACAUGAGCGAGCGGUAUAACGCCCUAACAGCCCUCUUUGCCGCGCAAAAAGACGUCAUCUACCGUGACUCGCUCGGCGAGCUGCAGGCCACGCUAGGCUCGCUCCACGCGGGCACGGAUCCAGUCUUUCUCGAGGCGCUGCACGAUAUCGAGGAGGCGCGCGACUCGGAACUCGUCACGCUGUAUCUCAACCAGGAGUUCUUGCUCGAGCGCGCAGAGAAGGAGUACAGACGAGACGUCGACGCCGCGAAUGAAGAGUACGAGGAUCUAGCCCGCAGCGUGCGCGAGCAUCUGCUUAACCGGCUCGAGAUGCAGCGGCGCAAGCUUCGCGAGGACAGAGAACUGCUCGAUAUCGCAAACGACCACUCGCUCCUGCUCUCGGUCUCGGGCUACAACGGCAGCCAAGCAGGCGGUUCUGGCGGCGCGUCGUCAGGACGAGACACCGGCGACGGCGGCCACAGCUACGGCAGCCAAGGCCCGGACUCACCCGGCGGCGCCUCGUCCUCCGGCGGCGCGAUGGGCUCGGUCGGCGAGCGCCGGAAAAACCUGCGCAGACGAGGCGAUCUGAUUCCGACCUCGGCCGCGGCAGAAUCAAGCAGUAUGUUGAGCAAGAAGCGGAAACGAAACGGGCAGAGCUCCGGCGGCGGAUCCGGGUUCAACGGCGUUGGCGAGCGAGACGAGAUUGCGGCGUUUUGGAGCGAUCGCGAGGCGUUGCCGUUUGGGCAGCAGGCGCGCGCGGACGCGGCGUCGGGGGGUGGAGAGAGGGGGAGUGGAUCGGGAGGGCGGCAUCGCGAGAAGGCGUUUGGAGGGUUGGUUGGGUUGAAGAGUGAGGAGGUUGGGGAGGAUUUGGCGAUUUUGCGCAAGAAGAAGAAGAGGAAGUGAUGUAGAAGAGAGGAUAAUUGAUUCAUGAUAUAAAAGGUAAUAAAGU